AAUAAAUGCAAGAUGGCUCCUCAUAUAAAAACAGUCUUCUUGGUCGCCCUCAGCGUGCAACAAAAUAACUCUCUAAUCCUUAUUAGGUUAAAAUAUUUAUCCGCGACGAGUUCUGAAGGAUAAACUGAGCUUUUGCUUGGCGACGUUAGGCUGUAUUUUGUGGAAAUAUAAAGUAUAAGGACAGCAGGGACGGCUUUGAAGACAUGGUUGUGAGAGCUCGGAGUCUUCGUGAACCGUUGGGCUGCUGAGGAUCACACAGCCCCGGCAGGGCCGUAGUUAGCAGCUAACUAGCUAAUGACUUCGCCCACUAUCCUCUACCGUUUUGGAACCCUCAAAGAAAAGAAGGAAUACAACCAAUGCUGAAUGUGGGAAGUUGAAGCUCCUGUAACAAAUGAUCAUGGCUGUAUCAAGACUUGACCGUUUGUUUAUCUUGCUCGACACUGGAACCACACCAGUAACCAGGAAGGCAGCAGCCCAGCAGCUUGGAGAAGUGGUGAAACUUCACCCACAUGAACUCAACAACCUCCUGUCAAAGGUGCUUACAUAUCUACGGAGUCCCAGCUGGGACACUCGAAUUGCAGCCGGCCAAGCUGUGGAGGCCAUUGUGAAAAAUAUUCCUGAGUGGAACCCGGCUCCGAAGCCAAAGGAAGAGUCCCGUGACGACCUGUCUCCGGAGGACUCGUCCUGUGAUCGGUUGAAUUUUUACCAUUUUGACAUCUCGCGCCUGCUCAGGCAUGGAGCGUCGCUGCUCGGAUCCGCAGGAGCCGAGUUUGAGCUGCAGGAAGACAAAACUGGUGAGAUGGAUCCUAAGGAACGUCUGGCUCGUCAGAGGAAGCUGCUCCAGAAGAAGCUGGGUCUGGAUAUGGGAGCUGCGAUAGGAAUGGACACAGACGAGCUGUUCAACGACGAGGACCUGGACUAUUCCUGCCAUCCCAGCGGCUUUAAAGCCCAAGGAUCCAGAGCUACAGCUGGCUGCAGCUCCCGCAACCACGUGACUAUUCAAGCUGCUGAAUUGAUCGACUCGGAGUUCCGGCCCGGCAUGAGCAGCCGUCAGAAAAACAAAGCCAAAAGAUUGGCUAAACUCGUGGCAAAACAAAAAUCCAGAGACGUGGAUCCUAACGAGAAGAGCAAUGACAGCGUAGAAGGCGAACCUGAGGAGAAACGGAGGAAAACGACCAACGUCGUAAUCGACCAGCCGGCAACAGAACAUAAGGUCUUAAUUGACAACGUUCCAGACAACUCUGGUCUUUUAGAGGAGUCACACGAGUGGCCGUUGGAGAGCUUCUGUGAAGAGCUUUGUAACGACCUCUUCAACCCGUCAUGGGAGGUUCGUCACGGUGCGGGCACAGGCCUCAGAGAAAUCCUGAAGUCUCAUGGUUCUGGUGGUGGGAAGCUGGUUGGAAGCACUGCAGAACAGAUGUCGCGACAGCACCAGGAGUGGAUCGAGGAUCUGGUCAUCCGGCUCCUCUGUGUGUUUGCUUUGGACCGCUUUGGGGACUUCGUAUCUGACGAGGUGGUGGCUCCCGUCAGAGAGACGUGCGCCCAGACGCUCGGUGUCUCUCUUCUUCACAUGAGUGAAAACAGCGUUGCCAUGACGGUGGACGUCCUGCUGAAGCUGCUGAAGGAGGACCAGUGGGAGGUCCGGCAUGGAGGCCUGCUGGGGAUCAAAUAUGCCUUGGCUGUCCGACAGGACCUGAUCUCCGUCCUGCUUCCCCUGGUGCUGCCUGCGAUAACCGAAGGUCUGCAGGACCUGGAUGAUGAUGUCAGGGCGGUGGCUGCUGCUGCUCUCAUCCCAGUGGUGGAAGGGUUGGUCCAGCUCCUGCCCAACAAGGUUCCUUUUAUUGUAAACACACUAUGGGACGCACUCCUGGACCUGGACGACCUCACCGCUUCCACCAACAGCAUAAUGACGCUGCUGUCUUUGCUGCUGACCUUUCCUCAUGUCCGGCAGUGCAGCAUGGAGCAGUCUCUGACUGUCCUGGUUCCUCGAGUGUGGCCGUUUUUAAGACACACCAUAUCAUCCGUAAGAAAGGCGGCGCUGGAAACGCUUUUCACGCUGCUGUCUAAAGCCGACGAGGGUUGUGCGAUUUGGAUAAACCCCAUUUUACAAGACAUGUUGCGGCACAUCUUCCAGUCCUGCAUACUGGAGAGCAACGACGAAAUACUGGAGCUCAUUCAGAAGGUGUGGAUGGAGCUGCUGUCUCAGGUCCCCCAGCAGUUCGUGGUGGCAGCCAGCUGUCCUUGGAUGGGCGCCUGGCUCUGCCUGAUGAUGCAGGCUUCUCACAUCCCCAUAGACCUGAACAUGCUGCUGGAGGUGAAGGCCCGCUCCAAGGAUAAGACUGGAGCAAAGGCUCGGCUAGGAAACAAUCAGGUGAAGGAAACGGUCCAGCAGUACCUCGCCGGGGCUGAGACUGUAGCAGACGAUCCGUUGACCAGGGAUUACGUGGUGGUCCGUGCCAGACUCAUGGCCGCCAGGUUGCUGGGAGCUCUGUGUAGGUGCAUCUGUGACCCUCAGCUUAACGCCUCAUCCCAGGAGAUCCGGCCAGCCGAGUCUUUGGGCCAGCUGUUGCUCUUCCACCUCAACUCCAAGUCAGCCCUGCAACGGAUAGCCGUGGCUCUGGUUCUCUGUGAGUGGGCUGCACUGCAGAAGGAUUGCCAGAUAGUGUCGUCCAUGGUGCAGCCGCGACUUCUGGCCGUCCUCACCGAGCAGCUGUACUACGACGAGAUCGCCAUUCCUUUCACACGCAUGCAGAACGAAUGCAAGCAGCUCAUUUCGCUGCUCGCUGAAGUUCAGAUAGACCUUCAGGAUCGCCUCAACAGCAGCGUUUUCACCAUAGACCAAGCCAACGAACUGGUUACCACCAUCUUCACAGAGACGACGGCAGGUCUGAACGUAAAGUCCAAGCAGUGGCUGGUGCUGGAGAGCAAACGACAGCAAGCCCAGUCUACGGUGGUGGAGACCAACACGGAGUGGCAGCAGCUGCAUCUGCGCGUCCACAUGUUCACCGCCUGCGCCGCCAUCAACCUGGAGGUGCUUCCCGACAAGCUCAACCCUCUGGUGCGGCCGCUCAUGGAGACGGUCAAGAAGGAGGAGAACACCCUGAUCCAGAGUUACGCCGCUUCGUUCAUAGCCAAGCUGCUGCGGCAGUGCGCCGUUCGCUCGCCGUGCCCCAACCCAAAGAUCAUCAAGAACCUCUGCGCUUCGGCGUGCAUGGACCCCUCAGCCACGCCGUCGUCCGCUUGUCCCGUACCCACAGCGCAGGAACAGGCUAAAGGAGGUGGGCUGGAAAGAGAUGGCAUGCAUCACAUAGUGAACAAAACCCAGGGCAUCAUCACUCUGUACCGCCACCAACGGGCCGCGUUCGCAAUUACAAGCAAAAGAGGUCCGACACCGAAGGCGCCAAAAGCCCCGGUGACGGAGCUUCCUCCUGGCAGCACGAUAAGCUCCGAUAACGACGAGAACAAGAAGCAGUUUCUUGUUCAAAGACGAGGAGCGGAGUUUGCCCUAACGACCGUUGCUAAGCACUUUGGUGCGGACCUCAACAGGAGUCUGCCGUACCUCUGGGAAAACACGGUGGGACCGUUGAAGGCGGUCGCCAAGGAGAACCUCUGCAUCGACAGGCAGGCCCAGCUGGAGAGAGGCAAUGCGGCAGCUCAGGAAUUGGUCAACUCUCUCCAAGUUCUGGAAGUCAUGGCUGGAGCCAUGGCGGCUGAACUUCGACCUUUGUUACUGGAACACCUACCUCAUUUGUUUACGUGCCUGCAGCACCCGUACACGGCGGUGCGGCACAUGGCCGCGCGCUGCGUGGGCGUGCUCAGUAAGAUAGCCACACUGGAGACCAUGAACAGCUUCCUGGAGUCUGUGCUCCACUGGUUGGCUGCUAUCGACGACUGCACAAAACAGGAGGGCGCCAUCGAAGCGCUGGCUUGUGUGAUGGAGCAGCUGGACGUCGACAUCGUUCCCUACAUCGUGCUGCUGGUCGUUCCCGUUCUGGGCCGCAUGAGCGACCCCAGUGACAGCAUCCGCUUUAUGGCCACUCAGUGCUUCGCUACGUUAAUCCGCCUGCUGCCUCUAGAGGCAGGAAUACCAGACCCGCCGGCCAUGUCGGCCGACUUGAUCCAGCAGAAAGCGAGAGAGCGUCAGUUUCUGGAGCAGCUGCUGGACGGCAGGAAGUUGGAGAACUAUAAGAUCCCUGUGCCGAUUAAAGCCGAGCUCAGGAAGUAUCAGCAGGACGGCGUGAACUGGCUGGCGUUCCUGAACAAAUACAAGCUGCACGGGAUCCUCUGUGACGAUAUGGGCCUGGGGAAGACGCUGCAGUCCAUCUGCAUCCUGGCAGGAGAUCAGUACCUCAGGGCUCAGGAAUAUGCGAAGACCAAGGCGGCAGACUGCAGCCCCCUGCCCUCGCUGGUGGUGUGUCCGCCCACGCUGACGGGCCACUGGGUGGACGAAGUGGCCAAGUUCUGCUCCAAAGAGUUCCUCAACCCGCUGCACUACACCGGGCCUCCCACGGAGCGAAUGCGGUUGCAGCAUCAAGUGAAAAAACACAACCUGGUAGUCGCUUCCUAUGAUGUCGUGCGGAACGACAUCGACUUUUUUAGAAAUAUAAAAUUUAAUUACUGCAUCCUGGAUGAGGGUCAUGUGAUCAAGAAUGGGAAAACCAAACUGUCCAAAGCCAUCAAGCAGCUGGCGGCCAACUUCAGGGUCAUCCUGUCGGGAACGCCCAUCCAGAACAACGUCCUGGAGCUCUGGUCGCUCUUCGACUUCCUGAUGCCCGGCUUCCUGGGAACAGAACGCCAGUUCGCCGCUCGCUACGGGAAGCCCAUCCUGGCCAGCCGCGACGCCAAGAGCUCGUCCAGAGAACAGGAAGCCGGUACGUCGUGUUCCCAGAAUGCAACGGUCCAAAUGCAGCCGGGAUUAAUGAUUCAGGUCGAAGGAAAUAUGCUCUCUCAGGUUCAGCUCUACGAAGACUUUGCAAAGUCUCGAGCCAAGGCCAGCGUGGAGGACAGCAUCUCUGCAGCCUCCAGUGAGGAAGAGGAGAAGCCCAAGCUGAAGGCUACGGGUCACGUCUUCCAGGCGCUGCAGUACCUGCGGAAGCUCUGCAACCACCCGAACCUGGUUCUGACGCCGCAGCAUCCGGAGUACAAACGCAUCACUGAGCAGCUGGCGUGUCAGAACUCCAACCUGCGCGACAUUCAGCAUGCGCCGAAGCUCUCUGCUCUCAAACAGCUGCUGCUAGAUUGCGGUCUUGGCGGCGGCGGAGGAGCGGAAGGCGGGACGGAGGCGGUGGUGGCGCAGCAUCGCGUCCUCAUCUUCUGUCAGCUGAAGAGCAUGCUGGACAUCGUGGAGCACGACUUGCUGAAGCCCAAACUGCCCACCGUCACCUACUUGCGGCUGGACGGCAGCGUGCCGGCCGGCCAGCGCCACUCCAUCGUCUCCAGGUUUAACAACGAUCCCUCCAUUGAUGUGUUGCUGCUCACCACCCAUGUAGGUGGUCUGGGUUUGAACCUCACCGGCGCAGACACUGUGGUGUUUGUCGAGCACGACUGGAACCCCAUGAGGGACCUGCAGGCCAUGGACCGCGCCCAUAGAAUAGGACAGAAACGGGUGGUGAACGUUUACAGGCUGAUCACGCGAGGCACGCUGGAGGAGAAGAUCAUGGGACUGCAGAAAUUCAAGAUGAGCAUCGCCAACACCAUCAUCAACCAGGAGAACACCAGCAUGCAGAGCAUGGGCACAGACCAGCUGCUCAACCUCUUCACUCUGGACAAGGACGACAAGAGUGACAAAGGAGAGCAUUCGUCAUCGACCUCAGGAAAGGCGUCCAUAAAGUCGGUGUUGGACGGUCUUGGGGAACUGUGGGACCAGCAGCAGUACGACUCGGAGUACAACCUGGACAGCUUCAUGAACUCGUUGCACUAGCACUGUUAGGACUCCGUUCAGUCAUCUGCAGGCCAAGCAGGACCUGGCCUGACCUGGCCAGGAGGGGAAAAUAAUAAAAAUGGAUCAGGGUUACAGUAGAAGUCAAACACAACCAGAUCAGGAACUGUUUGUACAUUUUAAUGCUCUUAAUUUGAAAGGUCUGGAGGAACAGAGCUGCUCCAAGACUCGGUCCUCUUCCAGAACUUUUUGAACCCGACCGUCACAGACCAGUAAACCAGAGCAAGCGACAAACAUCUCCAGUGUUGAAUUGCGUCGUCGUCAGUGGGUGCUGCUCUCACCUUUCAAGCACAUGUAUAAUAAUUAUAGCUCUAAUUUAUAUCCGUGGCAGCAGGAACUCGCUCUCUUCGCACUUCACCUUCCAGAGGAUAUUCAGUGUUAGCUGCUUGUGCAACAUGUCACAAAGUCUUAAACUGAGCCCUGCCUGUCAGCUCUUCUCUGACUGAUGGAAACCCCCACAGUUUGGAUCACAAAGGGAACCCAGGUGGCUGUGACGAGCCGCGGCGCCGAGCCCAGACUGGUACCUGAAAACUUGGCCCAAAGUGUUUUAAAAAGGAACUGUAGACUUGUACAUAUUUCUCCAACUGCUGCUUUUUCUUUAUGAUAGUGGAAUUGUAAUAAAUUCUGAAAACCUUGAA